AUGUCCUCAUCAGGACUCACGCGACGUCGCGGAGCUGGCAGUGCCGCCCUAGCAGAUGGCGAUGCGAGCAACCAGCCCUCGCGCUCCAACUCGACGUCCAACAAGGACGACGGACCCGAGACGAGCUACGAAAGCGGCGAGAAUGGACACAAGAUCGCCUACGACCCCAGAGAUAUGAAUGAGACGGUCGAGCGGAGCAAGCAGCCCAAGCUGACCAUGAUGGAGGAGAUACUCCUUCUAGGCCUCAAGGAUAAGCAGGGCUACCUCUCCUUCUGGAAUGACAACAUCUCAUACGCCCUGCGCGGCUGCAUCGUCGUCGAGCUGGCCUUCCGAGGCAAGAUCAGCAUGGAGAAGGACCCCGCCAGACGACGCUUACCCCUUCCCGACCGCAACAUCGAGGUCAUUGACGAGACCAUGACGGGCGAGGUGUUGCUCGACGAGGCGCUCAAGAUGAUGAAGCAGAGCGAGAAGAUGAGCGUAGCUACGUGGAUCGAUCUGAUGAGUGGCGAAACCUGGAAUCUGAUGAAGAUUGGCUAUCAACUCAAGCAAGUGCGCGAGCGCCUAGCCAAGGGCCUGGUGGACAAGGGCAUCCUGCGCACCGAGAAGCGCAACUUCCUCCUCUUCGACAUGGCGACGCACCCCGUCGUGGACGGCGGCGCCAAGGAGGAGAUUCGCCGCCGCGUCCGCAAUGUGCUGACGCAGCGCACCGUGGUGCUCAACGGAUCGCAGUGGCUGCCCGAGACGCUCGACUUGCGCUACCUGCGCACCCUGGCCAUGGUCUGCGCCGCCUAUGCCGCCAACGUUCUGGAGAAUGCGCUGUCGACGCUGGGACACGAGGCCCGCGAGAGGGCCUUUGCCCAGACGGACGAGCUCCUGGCCGACUACAGCCAGUGGCCGUUUGGGAAGAAGGCUACGGGUAAUGGGAUCGGUGCCAACCUCCCUGCUGUAGUUGCCGAGGAAAUCAACAACAACAAGGACAAGGAGCUCCAACUCGAAGUCGUCGCCGCCUGCCUCAACGUCUUUACCCGUCUCGACUCUCUGCUAUAG